UAUUUCUCCUCUCCCCGUCAUCUUUCACUUCUGCAAACCACUGCAUAAUAUGCAAGUCAAAGAGCAAAACCUCUAUCCCGCUUCUUCUCCCAAGGAUUCCGACAGAUGGUGGUCAAAAGACACGGUGGCCAUAGUCACCGGAGCGAACAAAGGGAUCGGAUUUUCAAUGGUGAAGCAACUGGCGAAGAUGGGAUUAACGGUCAUUUUAACGGCGAGAAAUGUGGAAAGAGGGCGUCAAGCUGUUGAGAAGCUAAGAGAAGACGAUGAUCUACGUGUACACUUUUAUCAACUUGACAUAUCCGAUCCUUCUUCCAUUAAAGCCUUUGUUUCUGAGUUUCAGAAAGACUUCGGAGUCUUGGAUAUUCUUGUGAACAAUGCAGCAGUAUCAUUCAAUGACAUACAUGAAAAUAAUGUAGAGCAUGCAGAGACUGUUAUCACAACUAAUUUCUACGGUCCCAAAUUGCUGAUUGAGUCACUUUUCCCUAUGUUUCGUCGAUCCAAUUCUAUCACUCGGAUCCUUAAUAUGACUUCAAGACUCGGAACCAUCAAUAAAAUGAAAAACCCUAAUAUGAAAGAGAUGCUACUAAACGAAGACUUAUCAGUGGAGCAAAUAGAAGAAAUGGUAAAUAAAUUUCUUGGAAAUGUGAAGAAUGGGACAUGGAAAAACAAAGGGUGGCCAGAAAUAUGGACAGAUUAUGCAGUUUCAAAGCUUGCCCUAAAUUCAUAUUCAAGGAUUUUGGCAAGAAAAUAUAAUAAAGAGGAUUAUGGAUUGAGUGUGAAUUGUUUCUGCCCUGGCUUUACUCAGACUUCCAUGACUAAAGGCAAAGGCACUCAUAGCGCCGACGAUGCGGCGGAGUUCGGUGCUAUGCUGGCUUUGCUUCCUCCUCAACUUCUUCCGACUGGGAAAUUUUAUAUAGGGUUUGGCCCUGGUUUUGUUUCUAAGUUAUAACAUUUUAGAGAUUAUGCUAUUCUUUUUCACUUGUAUGUAGGUUUAAUACAUUGUGAAAUCUAAUAUUUAUAUCUUUUUGUCA